GAACGCAUCCUCGGCUACGCCUUCCCCGCCACCUCCUUCGUACAAGCCCUUCCCCCGAUGGACUUCCAAAUGUUCCUGUACUCUCGGGUACGAGACGUUCGGCCGACUGAAAUUUCUCGGUAAAUCAGACGCGAGCAAGGCCACACGUAGGUGGCAGACACGUGCACACCUCGUCCUAUAACCGCUGGCGUGUUUCGCAGAUCGACUCGUUCGUCAGCGUCAUGUUUCCGCAACCCUGCGACCUAGAAAAAGCACCUGGCCUCGACGGACGCACUCGAGAAGAGUCUGCUUGACAACUUUGUCUCGUUCUGGCCAGCUUACCUCUCCAAGGAAGACGCGGAGAGACGUUCAUGCGCAGCGGCUUUGCGGUGCUGACGUGCUGGUUCGAGUUCGCGACGAGCCAGUUGUCCGCCGAGGAUGACCGGUGUGCGUCUCUGAAUCCCCCUGGAGAUCUCUCACUUGACGUGGCUAAUGCAAGCGUUUUGCUGCAGAGAUCCCGUCAGAGUGCAAAUUUCCCGCCGGACAAUGCGCAAAUCUAUUUUGGCGCGGCGAAACACGACUAUGUCUGCUUUCCCAAGACCUGCUACGUGUCCUUUACGCAGGAGGUGUUCAGCAGACACUUUCUGACUAUAAAAGAGUGUGACGCGGACCACUGGCUUGUUCUCUCUCAUGCGGACGAGAUUGCUCGUGAUCUUGAGGAGUGGAUCCGGCACCGUUACCACGAAAGCUGGUUGGUAAGCUAGUAA